GUUGAUUUUUCAUAUAUAAAUACUUGCCUCACUAUAACAUCACACACCAAUCCAUCUUCAAACAUUUUUCACUCAUCCUUCUCUCUCCCUCCCUAUAGUCCCUCUCACACAAUCCUUUUCAUUAUUUCAUUUCUUACUCCCACAAAAGAAAAAUGAAGUUGCUAUCUACAAAAGCCACAUGCAACUCUCAUGGCCAAGACUCAUCGUAUUUCCUAGGAUGGCAAGAAUAUGAAAAGAACCCUUAUGAUGAAGUCAAAAAUCCCAAAGGAAUUAUUCAGAUGGGUCUUGCCGAAAAUCAGCUGUCUUUUGAUCUACUAGAAUCAUGGCUUGCUAAGAAUCAAGAUGUAGCAGGAUUCAAACGUGAUGGAAAAUCAAUUUUCAGAGAACUUGCUCUCUUCCAAGACUACCAUGGUCUACCAUCUUUCAAGAAAGCAUUGGUUGAUUUCAUGGCAGAGAUUAGAGGAAACAAAGUCACUUUUGAUCCAAACCACAUUGUUCUAACAGCUGGUGCCACUUCUGCAAAUGAGACCCUCAUGUUUUGUCUUGCUGAUAAAGGAGAAGCCUUUCUUCUUCCCACUCCUUAUUAUCCAGGAUUUGAUAGAGACUUGAAGUGGAGAACUGGGGUGGAGAUAGUUCCAAUACAAUGCACAAGCUCAAACAAUUUCCAAAUCACAGAAUCUGCUCUACAACAAGCUCUUGAAGAAGCAAAGAACAAGAACCUAAGAGUCAAAGGUGUCUUAGUCACAAAUCCAUCAAAUCCACUAGGCACCACAAUGUCAAAGACAGAAUUAAACCUUCUCAUUGACUUCAUCAAAGACAAAAACAUGCAUUUAAUAAGCGACGAAAUCUACUCCGGUACAGUUUUCACCUCUCCGAACUUCGUCAGCGUCAUGGAAAUCCUUAAAGAAAGAACCGAUAAGGAUUUCCUCGACGCCAACGUAGCAGAAAGAGUUCACAUCGUUUAUAGUCUCUCCAAAGACCUCGGCCUACCAGGCUUCCGCGUCGGCGCUAUCUAUUCCAACAACGAAACCGUCGUUGCAGCCGCGACGAAAAUGUCCAGCUUUGGUUUGGUUUCAUCACAAACCCAAUACCUUCUCUCAGCUAUGCUUGGUGACAAAAAAUUCACCAAAAACUACUUAUCCGAGAAUCAGAAGAGGCUCAAAAAACGACAAAAAAUGCUUGUUAACGGAUUACAGAAAGCAAACAUCAGUUGUCUGAAAACAAACAACGCUGGUUUGUUUUGUUGGGUUGAUAUGAGAAACCUUCUAAGCUCAAACACAUUCGAAGCUGAAAUGGAUUUAUGGAAGAAAAUUUUAUACAAAGUUGGGUUGAACAUUUCACCUGGUUCAUCAUGUCAUUGCACUGAACCAGGGUGGUUUCGUGUUUGUUUUGCUAACAUGUCGGAAGAUACAUUAAACCUAGCUAUGAAAAGGUUAAAGGACUUUGUCUCAAACUCCAAUGGUGAAGAGUGUAGUAGUGAUAACAAGAGGACUAGAAGUACCCAAGCUUCUAGAAGUUUUACGAGAAAAUCGAUUUCGAAUUGGGUUUUUAGGUUAUCUUCUCGUGAUCAUCGUGAACAAGAAGAACGAUAACCUGGUUAAUUAUGGUGUGAAUGUGAAUGUGAAGAACUACUACGCAUGCAUGCACAAUUAUAAUAUAUAUAGUAAUAUAUUAUUAACUUUUUUUGUUGUUUUUUUUACUCCUUGGCCAAAUAAUUUUUGGUGGAGUUUUAGGAUCCUACUUUUGGAAAAAUAUAUAUUGUAAUGGUGAAAUUGUAGAGACAAGGAAAUUAAGAAAACUUCACUCUGUCCAUUUGGAUCUAUGUGUGAGGUGUAGGAUUAUGACAAACUUUAAUGUAAGGUUGAAAAAUGUUCUUGGUGUGAAAGUGAUGGAUGAAAAGU